AGGUUUGUUAUGAGAGUUAAAUGAGUUCAUACAUAUAGAGUAUUUGGAACAGCACCUCACUAAAAAUAAGCAGUGCGUGUGGACUUUAACUGGGAUUAUCUUCUGUGACUCCUGUGUCUGUUGGUACACAGAGUAUCUCGAGGGGAAGACAUGAUCCCAUAUCUAUCCCAUUGUCACCUUUUUUGGUGCCAGUUCAGGGCUAAUAUGCCACCCAUUUCCCCUUCCCAAUUAUUCCACCCUUUUGGGGGUACUCUGUUUUGGAUUUUUUUUUUAGAAGAUUGGGUAUGAUUGAGAUACGUAGAUUCACACACUUUUACAUAAUACAAUCAAAGUAGAAUUUGAAGAAAAACUUUUUCAUACUUUAUAUUUUUCUGCAAAUCAUAUGCUGUGCUUUCAGUGUUUUCCAGGGUUAAAUCUGGACUCUCUUUAAUCUGAGACUCACUCUCCCAGUGCCCAGGCAGUGACUGCCGUUGACAGCUUACAGCCUCCGGGACUGCUGGGAUCAGCAGGAGCUGCCAAAUGCUGUUAAACCAACUGAGAGAAAUUACAGGCAUUCAGGACCCUUCUUUUCUCCAUGAAGCUCUAAAGGCCAGUAAUGGUGACAUCACCCAGGCAGUCAGCCUUCUCACUGAUGAAAGAGUUAAAGAGCCCAGCCAAGACACUGUUGCGACAGAGCCAUCUGAAGUCGAGGGCAGUGCUGCCAACAAAGAGGUGUUAGCAAAAGUUAUAGACCUUACUCAUGAUAACAAAGAUGAUCUUCAGGCUGCCAUUGCUUUGAGUCUUUUGGAGUCCCCCAAAAUUCAAACUGAUGGAAGAGAUCUUAACAGGAUGCCCGAGGCAACUUCUGCAGAAACUAAACGCUCAAAGAGAAAACGCUGUGAAGUCUGGGGAGAAAAUCCCAAUCCCAAUGACUGGAGGCGAGUGGAUGGCUGGCCAGUUGGGCUGAAAAAUGUUGGCAAUACGUGUUGGUUUAGUGCUGUUAUUCAGUCUCUCUUUCAGUUGCCUGAAUUCCGCAGACUCGUCCUCGGCUAUAGUCGACCACAGAACGCACUUGAAAACUGUCCAAGUCACGCGGAAAAGAGAAAUAUCGUGUUUAUGCAGGAGCUUCAGUACUUGUUUGCUCUGAUGAUAGGAUCAAAUCGCAAGUUCGUAGACCCCUCAGCAGCCCUGGACCUCUUAAAGGGAGCGUUCCGAUCACCUGAGGAACAGCAGCAAGAUGUGAGUGAAUUCACACACAAGCUCCUGGAUUGGCUAGAGGACGCAUUCCAGCUAGCCGUUAAUGUUAAUAGCAAUCCCAGGAACAAAUCUGAAAAUCCAAUGGUGCAGCUAUUCUAUGGUACCUUCCUCACUGAAGGGGUUCGUGAAGGAAAGCCAUUUUGUAACAACGAGACCUUCGGCCAGUACCCCCUUCAGGUAAAUGGUUAUCGCAACUUAGACGAAUGUUUGGAAGGGGCCAUGGUGGAGGGUGACCUUGAGACACUUCCUUCCGAUCAUUCAGUGAAGUAUGGACAAGAGCGUUGGUUUACAAAGCUACCUCCAGUGUUGACUUUUGAACUCUCAAGAUUUGAGUUUAAUCAGUCCCUUGGUCAGCCAGAGAAAAUUCACAAUAAGCUGGAAUUUCCUCAGAUCAUUUAUAUGGACAGGUACAUGUACAGGAGCAAAGAGCUUAUUCGAAGUAAGAGGGAGUGUAUUCGAAAGUUGAAAGAAGAAAUAAAAGUUCUGCAGCAAAAACUGGAAAGACCUUCUCCAAGAGGUGUUGUGACCCAUCAUCUGGUUGUCUUAAUAUCGACUUCAGCUGAAGACCGAUGCCUCAGGUAUGUCAAGUACGGCUCGGGCCCGGCUCGGUUCCCUCUCCCGGAUAUGCUGAAGUACGUGAUUGAAUUUGCUAGUACAAAACCUGCCUCAGAAAGCACUUUGUCUCAAAGUGACGCAUGCAUGACAUCACCAGUGUCUUCAGUGCACUGCGCAGCUUCUGACCUGACAUCCGAGGAAAGUACAAGUAAAGAGGGCACGUCUCAGGAUGCUGAGAGUACCUUUUCUUCUUCUGAAGAUUCUGCACACAAGUCUAAGCCAGUGAAUCAGCCCCUUCCACCUUCCCGGUCUUCCAUGGAAAUGCCUGCACAUCCAGCUCCUCGAACGGUCACAGAUGAGGAGAUAAACUUUGUUAAGACCUGCCUUCAGAGGUGGAGGAGUGAAAUUGAACAAGAUAUACAAGAUCUAAAGAAUUGUAUUGCAAGCACUACGCAGACUAUUGAGCAGAUGUACUGUGAUCCUCUCCUCCGCCAGGUGCCUUACCGCUUGCAUGCGGUUCUUGUUCAUGAGGGACAAGCAAACGCAGGACACUACUGGGCGUACAUCUAUAAUCAGCCCCGGCAGGUCUGGCUCAAGUACAACGACAUCUCCGUUACUGAGUCUUCCUGGGAAGAACUCGAAAGAGACUCCUAUGGGGGCCUGAGAAACGUCAGUGCUUACUGUCUGAUGUACAUUAAUGACAAGCUGCCGCACUGCCAUGCAGAAUCAGCCCCAAAUGAAUUGGAUCAGAUGUCAGGAGAGGUGGAAGCCCUCUCUGUUGAACUUAAGCAUUACAUUCAGGAAGAUAACUGGAGGUUUGAGCAAGAAAUCGAGGAGUGGGAAGAAGAGCAGUCUUGCAAAAUCCCUCAAAUGGACUCUUCCACCAGCUCAGCAUCACAGGAGUUCUCUCCAUCGCAAGAGUCUUCAGUAGCCUCUUCCCAUGGGGUUCGCUGCCUGUCCUCGGAGCACGCCGUGAUCGUGAAGGAACAGACUGCCCAGGCUAUAGCAAACACGGCCCGCGCCUACGAGAAGAGUGGGGUAGAAGCAGCAUUGAGUGAGCUUAAGGAAGCUGAACCCAAGACGCCCCUGCCCCCGGAAACACACCCCGCAGAGCAGUCAGAGCAGCCCCCACAGGCUCAUGACGCAGAGUCUGCUGCCCAGCCCAAUUCUGAGGUCUCUGAAGUCGAGAUUCCCAGUGUGGGAAGGAUUCUGGUUAGAUCUGAUGCAGAUGGAUAUGAUGAGGAGGUGAUGCUGAGCCCUGCCAUGCAAGGGGUCAUCCUGGCCAUAGCUAAAGCCCGUCAGACCUUUGACCGAGACGGGUCUGAAGCAGGGCUUAUUAAGGCAUUCCAUGAAGAGUACUCCAGGCUCUAUCAGCUUGCCAAGGAGACCCCCACCUCUCACAGUGACCCCCGACUUCAGCACGUGCUUGUCUACUUCUUCCAAAAUGAAGCACCCAAGAGGGUAGUAGAGCGGACCCUGCUGGAACAGUUUGCAGAUAAAAAUCUUAGCUACGAUGAAAGGUCCAUCAGCAUUAUGAAGGUGGCUCAAGCGAAACUGAAGGAGAUUGGUCCAGAUGACAUGAAUAUGGAGGAGUACAAGAAGUGGCAUGAAGAUUAUAGUUUGUUUCGAAAAGUGUCUGUGUAUCUCCUGACCGGCCUGGAACUCUAUCAGAAAGGAAAGUACCAGGAGGCGCUUUCCUACCUGGUGUACGCCUACCAGAGCAAUGCUGCUCUGCUGCUGAAGGGGCCUCGCCGCGGCGUGAAGGAGUCCGUGAUCGCUUUAUACCGAAGAAAAUGCCUUCUGGAGCUAAAUGCCAAAGCGGCUUCUCUCUUUGAAACAAAUGAUGAACACUCUGUAACAGAGGGUAUUAAUGUGAUGAAUGAAUUGAUCAUUCCCUGCAUUCACCUUAUCAUUAAUAAUGACAUCUCCAAGGAUGACCUGGAUGCCAUUGAGAUCAUGAGAAACCAUUGGUGCUCUUACCUUGGGCAAGAUAUUGCAGAAAAUCUGCAACUGUGCUUGGGGGAGUUUCUACCCAGGCUUCUAGAUCCUUCUGCAGAAAUCAUUGUCUUGAAGGAGCCUCCAACUAUUCGACCCAAUUCUCCCUAUGACCUUUGCAGCCGAUUUGCAGCUGUCAUGGAGUCAAUUCAAGGAGUGUCAACUGUGACAGUGAAAUAAGCCCCCAUGUGUUCAAGGCCCAUCCUGGCCUUUGGCUGACUGCCUGUUGCACAGAAGUCUGUUGUCACAGUGUUUACCUUGGGCAAGGAAUUAGGUAGAAAAGUAAGAUUCAGAUCCAGACCCCAACCAUGCCGUGUGUGUAAAGAAGGAUUGAAAAUAAAAAUGCACUUUUUAGGUACAGAAUCAUAAAAGCAAUUUCACUUAAAAAAGGCAGGAGGCAGUGUAUCAAGGUAUUGAUUUAUGCCAGAAGACCUGAGAUGCCUCUUGUACCUAUGAGACUGCUCGGGCUUUUCUAAGCCUUUCCCACUUUUAAAAUGAUCCUUCAGGCAUAAUAUUUUUGACAGCAGAAUAGAAGGGUGAGUCAUCAGAACGUGAACCAGAUGAACAGCUACUAGUUAUUUUAUCAAAUAUAGAUGGCGUUAAAAAGUUCUUAACUGCAAGAGGCCAGACGUAUAAACCUUGCCUGGCUCUUGACAGGAGAUGACAGUGGGCUGAUGAGCCCCUGCCAUUUCACUUGUGGGUGGAGCAUGAGGUCAUGUGGCAGUGUGAUGCCCAAAAGGCAAAAGAAAACUGCCUCUCCUUUCUUUCUUCUCUCUCCUUCAUUUUAUAUUUUUAAACAAACCGGAAAACCUCACACUCGGUCCUAAGUGAAAGAAAGGAAAGCGUUAAGGAUUUUAGAUGGGAGUAGCAGCAUUGCGAAACUUGACUAAAGAGAUCAUAGUUGUUAACCAUUUAGGUAAAUUUUUCUAGUGUCUGAAAAUUGUCAGAAACACACAGCUAAGGCUGCUGCUGGCCCAGAAGAACAUUUUGAUACCCCUCCCCUUUUUUGCUUUAAAAAAUAAGGGAUGUGGGUUUGUGUAAAAAAAAAAAAAAGAAAAAAAAAGGAAAAAAAACCUAUAUAUAUGUAUAUGUAGAGAGAGAAAUAUCCCCUGUUGACAAUUUUUAAAGGCUCUAGAUUGGGUAUUGUGUUUUAACCAAAUUUUAAGAUUAAUGAGGGAAUUGUGGGCAGGAAGAACACUUGAUACAACUAUGCAGAUUUUAUAAAUGUGCAAUAAAAGUAUUUGUUUUAC